ACACUCCUCUCAGUCAGUGUUUUGUUUACGGUGGUGAGGACGAGAGGCAUGUAAGGCGUUCCUCUCAACGAGUGGAAUUUAGUAUAAUAUGUCGCCUAAUGAUGAAAAGGAUACUCCUCUCUUGCCGUGGGAUAAUUUCAGCCGUUGGGUCCAUGCGAUAUGUGUCGUCACAUUUGAUCUGGAGCUGGGACAGGCUAUGGAGAUGAUCUACCCUGGGGACAGAGAGUUGACAGAACGAGAGCGUACAAAUAUAUGCUACUUGGCCUUUCCAGACAGCAACUCUGGUCUCAUGGGCAAUGUGCAGUUCCACUUCCGUAUCCGCCAGUGCCCCCAGUCCAUACCUCUCCACACUCGCCCAGCCAUCCACCAGUAUAAUUCAUCCUGUCCUACUAAUAUACAGACAGAAGAUGGUUACUUGUACGGCUACGUGUACUUCAGACAGGUGAAGGACAGAACACUACGGCGAGGAUACUUCCAGAAGAGUGUGGUGCUGUUGUCACACCUGCCAUUGGUGUCCCUCUUCACAACAGUUCUGGAUUUGGUAGCUCCAGAAUAUUUUGAUAUGGGUGAGGCCAGUCUGGAGGCAGCGUGUCAUCACCUUGAUCAGUGGCCGCCUCCCACACCCGGCAUCACCCUCAGUCUGCCUCUCUUGGGAACUUUAGUACAGGUACGAAUACCAAGCCGACAAGAUAAACCAGGAGCAGCCACGCUGACACCACCCUCCCCUCCUCUCACCUCACCAGGUCCUCUCACGGUCCUUGUGCCAACUCCUCAUGAGACAGAGGCAUUCCGUGUAUUGGCACCAGUGUUACCACACCUGAACCUGUUGUGGGAGCUGGUGUUAACAGCUGAACCUCUGGUGGUUAUGGCAAUGUCUCCAACAACUGCUGCUAACACUGUACAAACGUUGAUAAGCCUUAUCACUCCUCUCAAGUUCAGUGGUGACUACCGGCCAUUCUUCACCAUCCAUGAUUCUGAAUUUAAAGAGUACACAACACGCACCUCAGCUCCGCCAAAUGUUAUUCUUGGAGUCACAAACCCAUUUUUUGCCAAAACUCUCCAGCACUGGCCACAUAUCAUUAGAAUAGGAGAUAAUACAGUUUCAGGUUCACCAAAUACUCAGAAACACAAGCUAAAGAAAGCAUCUGCCCUUAAAACAGUGGAGCAGAAGCCUGGGGUGUACACCAAGUAUAAACCUCAUCUCCAGGCUGAUAAAGGUCUAGUGAAGCGGCUGCUGAAGGGCGUACAAACUGGACGACCGGUGGAGGUGCAGAGCGCUCUUCUGAGGCGUCACUUGUUGGAAUUAACACAGUCAUUCAUGAUUCCUUUAGAGCGAUAUGUUGCAUCUCUUAUGCCCCUGCAAAAGAAUAUAUCUCCAUAUAAGGCAAUACCAAGUUUACGUCCAUUCAACCCAGAUGACUUCCUCGCCACCCUAGAGUUGUAUGGACCACAGUUGACCAGUGGCAUUCGUGGGGACUGGGAAGGUUUAUACCGUCGAUUUUUCCGUUCCGUCAACUUCUCUGUAUGGUUCAAUGCACGUCAUCAGGAGGUGUCAGCUAAGCUUUCAGAGUUACAUCUUCAGGCUUUGUGCAAUGCAGACUUAGGUGGAUGGGUGUGUAGUCGGAGUGAGGUAGAAGUGGUGGAUAUGGUGCUAAGACUACGUGCUAAGUUAACCACAGCUGACUCUCUGUGUGUGGACCAACACACUCGCGACAAACUUCAUGAUCAUUUACAGACACUCUUCAUGGCCUUGCCAGAAGACUUACGUUCAGUACUCCAUGCUAGCUGAAGAACCAAGUUUGGAGAUUCAGUUUUCUUCAGGACAAAUCUACAAGAUAAGAGGUUUUAUAUCUUUGAAGUUUGUAUGAUACAAUUCAUGUUGACUUCUAUAACAUGUCUCUGUGAGAUAAAGAAUGCUAUUCUGCAAGAGGAUUACAGUACAGUAUAUAAUUUUCAAUACAUCCUUUUGUGUGUGUGAUUAUAUUAAUGUUCCCUCCAUUUUAAUACCCUAUUUUUUUUUGGUGUAUUUGGGUGUCCCUCAGAUAUUUGGAGGAACUUAUGGAAAUCACGAUUGAAUAAGAUGAAUUGAGUCUAUGAAUCCUCACCUUGUCUCAAUAGACAUACAGUAUUCGAGAUAAAGAACUUUGAGUUGGUCAUCAGCUUUUAUCUAUUUUAUUAUUUAUGCCAACAAUUUCAUUCAAUAACAGAUUCUACACAUUUACUUAAGAUUUUAGCUAGUCUUUAUUACAAUUUACAAGGCAUUUAAGUUAUUAUUUUAACCUCGAGUGCCUUUUAUAGUUUAGCAGUAGUGGAAUCUACAGUAUUUCAAAGCUGUCAAUGAAUCUAGCUAUUAAAUUACAUUUUCAGUAUCUUUGCCUCACAAAAGAAUAAUUAAACUUUAAAUAUGAUUGACAGCAGUUUUGUCCAAAUAUUAUCAAGACAAAGGCAAUAAGUAGAAAAUAGAAAGAUGGAAAAUAGAAUAAGGGGCAGUGAAGAAAUAGAUUUAAUCAAUUUAAGAGUUUGUACAUAAGGGAAGUCCUGUGAAGCAAAUUGUACAAAGAGAAAUCUUAUGAAGAAGAUUUCAGGUUCAUUCAAGUUGCCAUCUCAUCUGGAUUUUUAUUUUUAAAUUCAUAAUUGCAUAUACCUUCACUGUACCUGACUGUUAACUAAAAGAUGUAUCAUAAUGAGAUGAAUUGUAUGUAAAUUUGUGAGAUUGCAGGUACAAUUGUUGCUCUUGAGCCACAUACAUUUGUUUUUUAUAUUAAUUUAUAUAAUUGAUCCCAGGGAUUUUCUAACGAUCUCAUGCAUGUUUUGAGUAAUUGUAUAGUUGUGUGUUGUGUAUGUGCUUGUAUUAAUCUACACCAAAGCCUGUAUUUGUUGUUUUAACAUUGUAGUGCCAAAUUCAAAACAUUUGUAAAUAUAUGUUUUAUUUUAGAUUUAGUUGUGUGUUUGUGAAACUAUUAUGUUAAGGUAUUAUGUGACAUACAUCUUGAAUUAAAAAAAAAAUGUGUCAUACAUGUGUUCAGGAAGAGGAUAAUAUUUUACUGCAAUUUUGAAA